CAGGAAGCACCUUCAAUCACUAAGAUAUUGAAUGCGAUUGAUAUAGCCAAAAUUCUGCUAUGGAUGAGUAACAUUUUGAUGGAAGAGAAGUCACUCAUUGAAUUGGAUGCACCCGUGAAAGUUGUCGGUGAUCUACAUGGUCAAUAUCAGGAUAUGCAUCGAUUAUUCGACACAAUCGGUCGAAUCCCUCAGGUGAAAAUGCUAUUUCUUGGCGAUUACAUCGAUAGAGGUGUGCAAUCACUUGAAACAGUCAUGUAUUUAUUCACGUUAAAAUUACGCUACAAAGAUCGUAUCUUCUUGCUGCGAGGCAAUCACGAAAUACCGAUGGUGAAUAGAAUUUAUGGAUUUUAUACCGAAUGCGUCUCUAAAUACAGUUCUGGUCUUUGGUGGGAUUUCCAGUCAGUAUUCAAUCGCCUUCCGUUGGCUGCUCUUAUUUCUGGACGCAUUCUUUGCAUGCACGGUGGCCUUUCGCCGAAACUCACUUCACUGGAUAUAAUUCGAAAAAUAGAUCGACCAUGCGAGCCGCCGGUAUUUAUUUUCGCCGUGAAAUUGAUGUUUUGA